AUGCACCUGGUUACCAUGGUUGCGCUGUGGAGCCUGGUGGGGGCGGUGGCGCCAGAGUGCCACAGGAAGUGCCACCCGGUCAACGUCACCAUCACCGUGACAGCGAAGAAUGGCCAAUCCUGCCUCGUGGAGACCCAGGGGUGUGCUGGCCUGUGCUACAACAAGGCGUCUCUGUACUCCCUAGGACAGACCCAGGAGAGCUGCCACUUCCAUGAGUCGACGUACGAGAGCGUGCAGUGCGGGUCGGAGCAGCUGCCCGUGCUGAAGGCCCUCAGCUGCAAGUGCAGCCUCUGCAGCACCGACGACUACGACUGCAGCCCCAUCAGCAGCCGACCGCCCUGCCCUGCCUCCGCCUACCUCCCGCCGCAGUACCAGUACUGA